AUGGGCAAGCCACAAGUGCUCGUGCUGACGACCGAGCGUUCAGAACACGCGGAUCAUAUUGAAGAGUACGAAGAGUUCCUGACCCAUUUUGAUGUGCUGGUGUACAAGGUAUCCACGUUCGAUGACUUAGUUGAGAGACUUGGGGCCGACUUCUCCAACGUCGAGGCCGUUUGGGCUGCUGGCCAUUCUGUGUGGAGCCUUGGUGGAAUUGCGAAGCUUGCACCGUACUUACCAGAGUCAGUAAAGGUGUACUGCUUCUCCUGGGUUGGGUACCUCGAGGAGGAGGCUGAUGCCUUGAAGAAACGUGGCAUCAAGUUCUGUAACGUUGGCGAUGUUUCCUCUCACGACGUUGCUGAUGCUGCUCUUUACCUGACACUUAGCUGUUACAGGUUCUUCAACUUUAUGGAACAUCAAUUGAGGCCAAACUUGAGCAUCAUGAACGUUAGAGCAACGUUGGGCUCUGCAAAGUUUGGUGAGGAUGGCGAACCUCUACCACCACCAGAGUCAGGCGUCAACUUGGCUCAUAACUCAAGUAUUGGUGGAAAGAAAGUUGAAUCCCCCACUGGCAAAAUUGCAGGGAUUGUUGGGCUUGGUUCUAUUGGGAAAGAGAUUGCCAGAAGGUUGAACGCUAUCGGCAUGAAGAUUUCAUAUACAAAGAGAUCUCCAAUUCUUGAUUCUAAUGAGCUCGGAUUCCCUGUGAAGUACUACUCAAAAUUCACAGAGAUGAUCAAAGAGGUUGAUCUUAUCGUCCUAGCAGUGCCACAUUCACCAGAGACUACACAUCUCAUCAACGAAGACUCUCUGAAACUGUGCAAGCCGGGCGUGAGAAUUGUCAACAUUGGAAGAGGAACUGCUAUCGACGAAGACGCAUUGCUAAAGGCAUUGGAUGAUGGUACGGUUUGUUCGGUGGGACUGGACGUGUUCAAAGGCGAACCAUCAAAUAUAGAUCCAAGAUUUGCCAAACGUUGGGACGUGACAAUGACGCCACAUGCUGGUAAUAUUACUACCGAUAACACUGUCAAUUCGAACAUAAGGUGUAUGGAAAACAUUAAAAACGUAUUGCUAGAGGGUGGUGAAGGAGUUACCCCAAUAUUGGACUGA